AUGCUAUAUGAGUUUCAUCGCUCUGAAAAUGAGAAGAAACCAAAGUCUGUCCAUGCCACUUAUCUGUUGACCGGAAUUUCUGGUCACACCAAACCAUUGCCUUUGAGUAGGAAUCAUUUGAAAGAUGGCGAAGAUGAGGUGAUGCAGAGCAGUCCCGUCGUGGGCAGUCAGCCAGCUCAACCCGAGACGACAGAAACUGUGGCUGGACCUGCUAUUACUUCUGUAUUACUCGUUCCGGAAGAAGAAUUGGAGGGCAAGUCUUUUGAGUCUGGAUUGGAACCGGAUUAUGCUAACAUCUUUUACAGCGUACAGCCGACUUCACUGCCAGACUUGAAUGUGUUGGCAGACAUUGGACAGAUAUCAUCUACUUCUCCUGGGGACGAUGUCUUUCAGCACAAUGAAAAGUAUGGGAUGAUACAGAACAAGAAUGUUAAGAGACGAUCGGGAACACCAGCGUCUAUGCCGACGCCCAUUAAAGAAGAGAACCCAAUACAGAAAACUGUGGUCAAAAAGGCAGAACAAGAGCCUCCCGGUAAGAAAUCCAUGACCCAGUCUACGGAUAAGAAGCCAGAACCAUCUUCAACUCCUUUUCGGGCACUGGGAAGCUCGCAGUCAACAACCAAAUCGUCUCAAGGCAAGCCUACACACAAACGUGACUCUUCAAGUAUAUUCAAAGCUUUCGCCAAAUCAAGGCCAAAGCAACAGGCGAAGGAUGACGAUGCAGAUUCGACACCAAACGAGUCUCAGAAUAAUAUGCUAGAUGAUGAGUCUGAGGAGGAAAGAGAGGACCUUUUCCUGGAUACUGGGAAAAAGACUACCAAUAAAGAACAAGAAUCGAGAAGAGAUCGAGAAGAACGCCUACGAAAGAUGAUGGAAGAUGAGGAUAUGCCAGAUGCACCAGAAUCGCCGCCCGAGGAAGAGCAAGCGCCUGAAGAAAGUGACCAAGCUUCCCUGGAAUCAACCCCAGCUCUCCCACAGAAGAAGCAGGAGCCCGAGCUUGAACCAGAGUCUAGUGUGUCAGAGACACGGCCAACGGGUCAACGGCGAAGGGGCAGACGGCAGGUAAUGAAAAAAAAGGUGUCAAGGGAUGCAGAAGGGUACCUAGCUGACAAGAUUACUGUUUCCCCCGCAGUCACCAAGGAGGAACCAGUAUGGGAAUCCUUUUCGGAAGACGAGCCCGAACCCCAGAAAAGAAAACCGCUGCCAUCUUCAUCUGCAAAAUCGGCAAAGGGUGGUGCCAAAUCCAGUCAGGGUAGUAUCAUGUCGUUCUUCGGUAAGAAAUAG